UGGGCAGAUGCAUUUGACUUCACCUAUGAAUUUGGUGCCGGGCUUUCGAUGGCAUGACUAUGUUCUGCCCCUCUGCCACCUCCUAUUGUUCAGCCUCUCCCUCUUGUUACUGUAAUCUAUAAAUAGACUUUAAAUGAUCCUUGCAUAGUUUUGCCCCUAGCAACAAGUUUUCUCCCAGCAAUAGGUCUUCCCCAGCAACAGACUUCUUUAUUUGACAUGCUCAGGAAGAAAGGAAUGGGCUGUUGCUUGGUCCAGAGGGGAGGAAUGAGUCUCUGUACAUAGUUUUACUUUUUUUCCCUUAGACCAGUAGUUGUAGAAGCUGUAAUGUUAAUUCUUCAGUAAAUAACUUAAGCAGAACUAGAAUGGGUGAGGUGUUUAUUCCCACAUGGGAAUUCACCAACAGAUGAGCUAAACUGAGAAAAAUGAUUCUGGAAGACUUGCUGGGAGAGUCUGCCGACUGAAAAAGGAACCCCAAACGAUAGCAAUUUGCACAGACACCUCUGCCUGGUUAUUGAGUCCUUCCUACUUCCUGAUGAGGCUCUGCACUCUGGGUAGGAGAGGCAAUAGAGAGAACCAACAGAUCUGCUUCCCUCUCUCAGACAUCAUCUCUGGUUGCCAGCCCUCUAGCUCCUCACCAUCUGCUCCUCCUCUGCCUGGAGCUGCCAAACCAUGCCAAGCAGUCCAUGACGAUGAGAAAACAUGGCAACAGGCCUAAUGAGAACAACGCUUAACAGGACAAAUGUACUUCUAACGAAUGAACAACGAAACCAACAAGGUCUUUUAAUCGUAAACGGAAAACAGGGAAAUUCCCAGCUUUGCAUGCAGGGAUGGAUGAAUCUCUGCAAUGCCAGCUUCUCAUGUUUCCAAGCUUGCAAUCAGUUCUCCACAUCGGUUUGUGAUGAAUCAGCAUCUUAGGUGUGUGUUUCUCACUGCAUAGCAACAAGAACCUUGGCCAUAGCAGUACACAUGUUUUGUGGGCACAAACACCCUGGGUUUAAUUCCUGACAUCUCCAGCUGGGCUGUGGCAACCCAACCAGUUGGGUGCGGUACAAAUAAUAAAAUUAUUAUUAUUACUGGGCUGGAAAGCACCUACUUGCUACCUUGGUUUGCUGUUGCAUGUCAGAAUAGACUUCUGAGCCUACGAUCUGAUUCUGAAUAAGGCAGUGUCGUUUGUUCAUAUGCCUUAACUCCGCAGGCAGAGCAGCCAAGCUUUGCAGACUGGUGAAGAUUAUGUCUCCAGACUUCCUGCUAAGGAAAGAGGCUCCCCUCAGUUCCACUUUCUUGAGCUGAAACCCUUUCAGAGGAAACUUUGCAGGCAAAAUGGCAACGUUCAAGCCAUGGGUUCUGAUUCUGGUGCUGCAAUUUACCUGGGUGACAUAUUAUGCAGGUGCCAACUUUUGCAAAGUGACAGUAUCUCAACCUCCACUCAUGGAAGGCUACCCUGCAUCAAAACAUAUUGCUAUACCGUGUACUUUUUCUGCUCAGGGAUGCCCCACAUCCAGUCCGACCAUUCUGUGGUUUCGAUAUCUUGCGCAUACCCACGAAGCCUUGUGCACCCCCAACUGCAUAAACAGCACAAAGUUCAAAGUCUCUCACUUAACAUCUAAGAACCAGGCUGAGCUUGGGAUCAACGAAAUCAAUGAAGAAGACAGCGCAAUUUAUUUUUGUGGGGUAGCAAUUUCAAGUUCAAAUUCCUCCACCUCCAAGCAAACUGGAAGCGGAACAGUGUUAGUGAUAAGAGAGAGUGGAACAUACAGCCGAGGAGUUGAGUACAGCAUGCUGGCCAUCUCAGUUGUGCUGUUCCUCUACCUUGUUGCCUUAUUGGCAGUUUCUAAGUUAUUCACUAAGCCUAAACUCAAGAAAACAGAGAGGCAUGUCAAUGUUUGCGUAAGUGUUUGCAAUCCUGUACACAAGGUAGCUAAUGCAUUCUCCAAGGGUGAACCUUUAUAUGAGCAGGAAAAGGAACUACCCAUGCAAAGGAGGGAGGUAUCAGCAAGCUUGGGGAAACCCUGAGGUUUACAGAGGGACAAAAAACUUUAGUUAAAACUCCAGUUCUUAAGAGAGACACCCUUCCAAGCUACUCAGUGAGGUCUAAGCAUGCUCAGUAGCCACCCUUGAGAGAGAAACCCCCUUAGAAAACUGGGGGAAGAGGGAUUAUCCUGAAAGAAGACAUGGCUGGCUGGAACCCUGAAUAGGAGCCUUCCACAUGACAACACUUAGCUGCAUGUCCAGCCUGUUGCAUUUCAAAUCUGCAGUGGGCUGGCAUGUGGCAAGCCUAAAAAAACCCUGCGAUCUUAUACACACUUAGCAGCUGGAAGAUCACAAAGUUUGUAGGCUACACAGCAGUUUGGUUAUCUAUGGCGAGUUAAUCCAAAGCCUGCAGGGAACCGCUGCUGCUGCAUAUGACGUCUGAAAACAGAUGUGCGCAGCCUCAUCUCCUGAGUGAAUUUCUUCAGCUGGGGAAAUGGAGCCAGACUACGACUGCUGCCAAUCUCAAACAGAGGUGGGGAAACUGCGGUUGAUUUGAAUGCUGCUGGACUCCAACUCCUAUUGGUCCUAGCCGGCGUGGUCAGGAUUCAGGGAAGUUGGGAGUUGGAGUCCGACAACAUCCAAGACGUGAAAGUUUUCCCCUAAUCCAUUUCUGCUUUAUAAAGGAGGACCAGAAAAGUAAGUGCACCACAAUGCACCACUUUAUGCUGAGAUGGAAACACAGAAUUCUGCUGGGGUUGCUUCCUCCUCCUCCUUCCUCUUGUGGUGUUACGGGGAAGAGAAAGGGAGCACAUGCUGAGUGGGCAGCUCAAGAGGGAGCCAGUUUGCAUGGCUAGCAAUAGGAACAGCAACGCCCC